AUUUUUUGUUCGAAAUUGAUUAAUUUCCAUGUAAAUUUCUCAUUUGUUGGGAAUAUUUGUAAUUAUUCUAUGAUCUAACCAAAUUUACUGAAGCGGAGCUACGUUGGGCGUUAAUCGUUAAAAUAAUUUUUAUCGUUUAACAUAUGUGAGUCUCCUUUCUUAUUAGAAAAUUAGAAUCAGCAAUAUUCUUUCUGUGUGAACUGUGUAUUAACUGUAUUCUGUGUAUUUAAUUCUGUGUACUAGAACUUGGACAAAUCCAAAUUUUGAUACGAUAAAAAUAGAAAUUGUUAUGAGAAUAUUGAUCGAACCAGUGCAUUUUGAUUAUUAAACUUGGGCAAGUAGACUUAAGAAAGUUGAAAUAUUGUCGAAACACCCAAUUGAACCAUAUACACCCAAUGUGACUGGAGAUAAGCAUGAAAAAAACUAAAAUUGACUUGUCAUUUCGAAACCGAUCUAUUACAAAUGGCAGAUGCAAUGGCCGCUUGCAGUGGCGGAGUAGACUGGACGACGAUUUUGAAACCUUUUCUAAAUUCAAAUUAUUCAUCCUCCACUAAAACAGAACUCAUUGAAUUGUGCGUUGCGAUAACUAAAGGUGAAUCGGAAAUCUUAAGACCAAAGGAAACUAGUAAGAAUUUCCUCAACUCAUUUGCUGUACUAGCAGCAGACUUCAUUUCUAAGAGGAGUAAAAACUUAACUGCAAGUCAACUUGAAACUGUAAAUGCAGCCUGCAGUGUUCUGCUCAAAUACAUUUUAAGUGUCCUUCAAACUGUGUGUAUAGAUGCUAAUCCAAAUAAUAAUUCAGUAGAAAAAUAUUUGAAUGCCAUUCGAAUAUUGUGUGUAGGUACGGGACUUUUAUCCACUUCUGAAGUUUCUGUACUGACAAACACAAUGAAAGGAGAAAAUCUGCCUCAACAUAAUCCUCCUCAACCUGGAGGUGAGAAGGAAAUUAGUAAUAAAUCUGAAACUGCUAAGACUAGAUCGGAUCUUUCCAAUAGUAUACUAGAGCAAUUGACACUUCCACUUCGUGAUGGACAUACUGUAACCUUAGACCAGGCUUCUACCAGCCUUCCAAACCCUACAGAUGAAUCAACUAGUAAUGACCCCAGUUCGGAAAUAAAUAAAUUGUUUUUAAAAUCCAACACUGAAAGUUUGCAAACACUGAGAGCAGGCGAUACUUUAGUUGAUUUAUGCCUGAAUUUACCAUCCAUUAAGAGAGCAAGAACGAAAGUUGAAGAAGCUUUGGCUGGCAAGCCUUUCAGUUUGCCUGCAAAUCAUAGUGAGGCAACAUUAUUAAGAAAUGGGUUGUCAUCAAUGGUAUCGGAAAUAAAUUUGGCCAUGUCUGCUAUCAAUUUGCCGGUUUUAGAACCAUUGACGCCCACCAAAUUGGAUAAAUUGAGUCACUUGAGCAUGGCCGCUCUAUAUUGUGCUAUAAGCCAAGCUACAGCUUGCGCUUUCUUGAGUUCUGGCACAGUAGUUUCACCGAAAGCUACCUCCCAAGCUCAGGCUUGUAUUAAAGAGGAAGAUCCAGACUCUAACGCUGUGUCGCUUGUCGAACAAGCUCUCAAUAUGUACUCAUAUAUAGGCAACACCAUAAAAAAUUCGACUAGGGCAGGGGGCCACAUUUAUCAAAACCACCUCUUAUCCGGCGCCUGGGUACUAACUUCCGGUCUUCAGGCCCAUUUGAACGCCAGCACUGGAUCUGGAACAGAAAAAGUCACACAUGUAAGGGAUCGGGAGGAGAAGAGCAGAAGUCCCUGCAAGUCUAGGGAGACAAACUCGGCGCGAUCAGGUCUAAUGAAGUUCCAACAAUCAUUUGGGGUUCUAUCAGUGGCUCUGGCCACCAGAACUUUAACAUUACUGUCGGAUCUUUUUGAGGACUUGCACUUGGAGGCCUGCAGUUUGUCUCCGAACACCGUUCAGACGCAGGUCGACCCUGCUCCAUUGGCUGCGAUGGGGCAAUUCAGCGCCCUCCAGCGCGUGGCAAGGAUCCUAAACGCCGCCCCAUUGAAUCAGCUCCUCUUCUAUCUGGCCAUAGUCAGUUAUCGCAAGGCCUGCACCCUGAAACGCAUGCACCCGCCAGAGGGCGACACCUUCAGCCAAUCGGACUCGACCACCUACUACGAGGACAUGAUACUCUGUUCGGACGAGAGCACGACAGACGACGACGAUGACAGCGAGCCGAUACUGGGGCACUGGUUCGAGGAGACGCUCGCUCCCAGCGAGAACACCGAGUCCAAGACGCCGUCGACGUCUGACAACGCGGAGACAAAGUCCGCACAAACGGAUCGUCAUCAUUCCAUUGUACCGGAAAAGGGAGAGGCCAACAGCUACAUCUCGUUGGCGACGAACAUAUUCACCUUCCUCAACAAGCACUUUCUGUGUUCCAAGAGCCCAUUCGUUAUGCGUUAUGUGAAACAGGGUCUGACCGAACAGCAGAUGAUCAUUCUGGCCGCUAUCAUAAGAGACCUGGACCGGGAAACUUCCAGAACCGAGGUCGGUACCAUCUGCGUCUACUUCGGCACGCAGCUGGGACAGCUCUAUUGCGAAUUUUCAGGCGCGCUGACCAGGUUCACCCACAACCUGAUCACGCAUUCGAACUUCACGUCUCUGCAGACCUGUCUGUUGAACCAUCUGGGCGUGUCGCCCUGGAACACGGAGGCGUGGCCUUUGCAGGUGUAUCCGAGGACGCUGGGCGUCUUGGCGCAGGUACUCCUCCUGCGCCCCCAAAACGAGAAAGAGGCGUCGGUCAUCAACAUAUGGCACAGGUUCGUGAACACCCUGAUCGAGAACGUGCUCAACACUUCCCCGAACGCCUCGGACGCCGACAACGAAGACCUGAACGUCGAACACGCCCAGGUCCUGCUGUACCUAUUCCAUUCCCUGAACCUGAUGCAGAAGAAAUCGGUAGUUCUGCUGCUCGCCGGCGGCGUGCUGAGAUGUUCGGAGGUCGCCAGGGGCGCCCUGAGGGACAGCCAACUGCUCCACCUGUCCAGGCUGCUGCUGCUGUUCGACUACAUCAUGAAACACCUGUACGACGCGCCCUCCUCCCUCCUGGAACAGAUACAGUGGAACCUGUUCUACUCGACCAACCUGAACACGGACAGGGACAAGGAGAACAACAUGACCAGGAUGUACACGUCGUGGCAGGACAUCGAGGAUAACCUGAGGAAGUCGAGCGGCGUCGACGACAGCGCCAUGAGACCCAGGUUUUACGUCCUGACCAGUUUCGAGAACAACAAUCAGGACUCGCCGAAAUUGGACGGGCUGGCCUGCAACUUCAUCCUUGGCACCCCCGAUAAGCUGAGGUAUCCUCUGCUUCUGGACGCCCUAAUCGAAAUACUGAACGUGACCCACGUGGCGACCGGACCUAACAAGAUGUCCAGUCUGGGGCUGUGCGCCACUCAGUACUGUUUCACCAUCUGCUGGAGGUUGCUCCAUCUGUUGCCGCCGUCCACCAGUUACAUGGAGAGGUUGAGCUCGGGCGAGAACUUACCGCCGGGACCUUUGAUGUUGCACUCUAUGAUAUGGGGCCCGCGUACGAGCCACAAAAACUUCAACAGGUGGCUAAAAGACGGUCUGGUUAAGCAGGGGAUGUACACCCAACACGCCGACAAGUUACUUAAGGCUGUCACGGACCUGGUGAACAGUUUGAAGUACGACGCUGGUGUUGCAAAGACUUGUUUAACCGCGCUGAUGCCCGAUGUCAAGAAGGGCAUCCUCAAAAAGGAGAAUCUACCGCCGAUCUUCAAUCUGAUGCUUCUGGAUCUGUCUCUGGCCAAACUUCAGGUCAGGGUCGACGAACCGGGGAGCAACGCCGAUCUGCCUUCCCCUAACAAGUCGACGUCGGUCGCAGAGGAGGCGUGCUCCGUGCAAGAUCUCCUCCCGCACGUCAUCAAACUGACGCAGGCCGUUUUACACUGUAGCAGAUGGUCGGUGCUGAACACCGUCGUGGAACAGUCCGAGGCGGCCAACAAGUGCUCGUUGCAAGACCUGGAAUGUCUGCAGGACGUGCUGGCCGUAUCUUCCACCAAGAACCCUUUGGUCAACGGCUUGGCCGCCGAAUUGAACAUCCUGCUGCCGCAAACUUUCUCCACCGUCCUGCAGCAGUGGAACGGAUUGGCGCUGGAAGAUUUCUCGGCCAGCCUGUUCCAGAACGACAUAGUCCCCUCGGAGAAUUUCCUACUCAAGAUCGUAGACAUUCACAUUUCCUCAUUAUCUAAGCAACCUUUCAACAUAAAUCUAUCCCUGAAACGACUGCUCCAGUGCUGCAUCAAUUUCAUCUGCGACCACGCGACCAAAGUAGAAAACACAGACACCAAGAGCAAAGCUGUGGAAACUCUGAUAACCGUAACGUUGAACGCGAAAACCGAAUUUUUAUACGACAGAGCGUCGAAGACCCUGGAAAAAAUGAUAGGGGACACGGACACCGACGAGCACCAGAAACGAGUGUACAGGCACGUGCUGAAUCACACCUACAAGCUGAUCGUCAAUUACACAUCGGCCCCGUCCGGCGACAGUUCGGUAAUCGACGAGAAGAUCUUGCACAACUGCCUGAAAUUCUACGAGAAGAUCAUUGAGAAAUCGUCCGGUCGUCAGGCACUGGAAAGCUUCUUCACCGGCGACAAGGAGCUGGUCAAAGUGUUGCUGAGCGUUUCGAACCCGAAGAUGUCUCAACACUACAGCACCAGAGUCCUGCAUUUCUUCAACAAACUAUUCCAAGCGGCCGAAAAGAGCUCGACCGAUCCCAGUCUGAAUUAUCUGUGCAGCAGCAUGAGCAAGCUGGCCGAAGUGGAGGGCGAUAAACUGCAGGAAUGGCUGAAGCAGGUGAUAGUAGGAUCGAGCAUGACGCAAGCGCCGGUGGUGGAGGAGAAAUCGCCGCCGCCGAAAGAGGAGGCGCCCCAGGGUAAGGGCGCCAAAUGGUCGACGCCGCCGAGACAGUCGCUGACUUCGUCCCCGGUGUCCUCCAGCGAGACCACCAAGUUCAUGGUGCAAGAGAACAGUCAGCUGUUGCAGGCGCUCACCUCGUUCCUGGUCAAGAAGGGUAGCAACAUAACGGAAGACGCCUCUUUGACCAUCCUCAAAGCGCUCCUACCGCUUGGUUCGCACAUUCUAUCUCCCGUCUUGGAAGGUGUGGGUUUCGUAGACCUCAUGGUUGUUAUGAUAAUGUUAGCAGACGGUGGUACUGGAAAAGGACACGCCCAUUUAUUCCCCGCCACUACCGAAUGGAUAUCGCUGUGCAACAGCCAUUUCGCCAAGAAAGAAGUCCUGGAUAAGAUCGGGGCUGACGUCGAUACCAACAAACCGAACUACAUGUUAGACGCCGCCUGUUGCAUCAUGGAUUACGUGAGUGAAGUAGUAUCGAAGGUUACGCAACAGGUCAAUUCCGCAUCCAGAGCUCUCAGUCCGCCCUGGGAAAGUGAGGCUGUUAACGAUCUAGACAUGGAUAUGCAAGAAGAGGGUAACGAAGAAGAGGACAGCGGCGACGAUUCCGACGAAGAUUCCCUAUGCAACAAACUAUGCACUUUCACAAUCACUCAGAAGGAAUUCAUGAACCAACACUGGUAUCACUGCCAUACCUGUCGCAUGUUAGACGGCGUCGGCGUCUGCUCGGUUUGCGCCAAAGUGUGCCACAAGGGACACGAUCUGAGCUACGCGAAAUACGGCAACUUCUUCUGCGACUGCGGCGCCAAAGAAGACGGUUCCUGUCAGGCCCUGGUCAAACGUAGCCUGGACUCCACUCAAGAAACCAAGAAUUCGUCCCACGGCGACAAAUACCCGAACGAUCUACUCCCGAGCUCCUUACGCCGAAGGACCUCGUCCCCCAUAUCCAUAGACAGGCUUUCCCUGAAGAGGAAACUGCACAACAACAUACAACAUCUGGACGCGUCGAAAGCCUACAUCGUCAGUUAUCUCGGCAACGUACACGCGGCGUCCAACCUUAUCGAUUUCAUACAGACCCUGGUGCCGGCCAUCGAUACCAUGUGCGCCGUUAACUCGCCCGUGGGGUGCCACAUGCGGGCGUUGGACGCUCUACGUCGUCUGCACAACGACACCAAAGAAUACGUAAACAGCGAUCAGUUGAUGGUGCCGACGCUGGGCUCGCAGGAGGGCGCCUUCGAGAACGUUAGGAUGAACUACUCGGGCGAGCAGGGACAGACCAUAAGGCAACUUCUGUCUGCGCACAUAGUGAGACGGGUGGCCAUGUGCUGCAUGACCUCGACCCACGGCAGAAGGCAACAUCUGGCGGUGUCGCACGAGAAGGGAAAGAUCACGCUGCUCCAACUGUCCGCGCUGUUGAAACAGGCCGAUUCGUCUUCCAGGAAGCUCACGUUGACAAGACUGUCGUCGGCUCCUAUACCAUUCACGGUGCUGUCGCUGUCAAGUAACCUCUGCAACGAGGAUUAUCUAGCCGUGUGCGGUUUGAAGGAUUGUCACGUGUUAACGUUUUCCUCCAGCGGCUCGGUCUCCGACCAUCUAGUGCUACAUCCGCAGUUGGAAACUGGGAAUUUCAUAAUCAAGUCUAUAUGGUUGCCGGGGUCCCAGACUAAGCUAGCAUUGGUAACUGCCGAUUUUGUAAAGAUCUAUGAUUUGGCCGUCGACUCUCUCAGUCCUCAAUAUUAUUUCUUGGUACCAAGCGGGAAGAUCAGAGACUGUACGUUCAUGUACGACGAAGGGACCUACCACAUACUGCUAAUGUCGUCUUUAGGUCACAUCUACAACGAGGUUCUUAACGAAGAAAGUUCCGCGAAACAUGGGUCGUUCUACGUAACUAACAACUUGGAAGUUUACCAUCUCGACGUUGCCGAUGCUAACGGCCAUAUAGCCGGCGGUGGCGUCAGCAUAUACUACUCGCACACACUGGGACUACUAUUCUACAGUUACGUGCAGGGAAAGAGCUUCAUAUCGCCGAUAACGCCGAAAUCCAACAGUCUAACCGUCGCUUUCCCGAUCAACAUAUCCGCCAACAUCACGGCUACCAAGAGCAACGGAGCCAAGAUAGUGGUACAACCGCUGUGUCAAUGGACCGAGAUACCGAACCAUCCGGGUCUCAUCUGCUGCGCCAUGCAGGUCAGCAACAAUCCCGUCAUACUGAUGCUGAAACCGGACACGAUAAUGAUCCAGGAGAUCCGCGUGGUACCGUCCAAGUCGAAAAUCAUGGACAUGGUGGCGAUCAGGCACAACUCGGUCUGCGAGCUCAGGACUACCCUGAUCUUGCUCUGCGAAGACGGCAGUCUGAAGAUGUACAUGGCGAACAUGGACCAGACCGGUUUCUGGAUGUCGUCGACCAUCCAGCCGACCAUAAACGGAGCGCACAUCAAGCAGAGGAAGAAGAAGAACGCGAAAUCGGGCAAGAUAAUCGGCUCGGUCACUUUCCCCGUCGAUUUCUUCGAGCAUUGUCAACCGAUGAAUGACGUGGAGAUCGGCGGUAACGAUUUGCUGCAAGUUUAUAACGCUGCUCAAUUGAAACACAGAUUGAACACCAUGAAUCUAUACGUGGCCUGCAACAGACCGCUGGGUUUCUCGGUGGAAGUCACGAAUAACGACAACAACAUGGUGAUGACGGGUCUGAGGGUGCUGGUCGGCACCCAGGACAUACAGAGGGCACCGUCGUUCGUGGAAGUCUUCGGCAGAAUUAUAAGCACCCAAGUGACCAGGAGCAGAUGGUUCGACAUUCCGUUUUCGCGCGAGGAAAGCCUGUUGGCCGACAAGAAGCUGAUGAUAAUGUUCGGCCCGUCGCAAGAUCCCGAGAACGUCACGAUGGUCGACAGUAUAAAGAUAUUCGGAAAAAGCAAAGACUUGUUUGGAUGGCCGGAAGAGAACGAGGAAGUGACUAGCGCCGGCAAUCCAAACUCGGCACAAUCUUCAUCGAACACCCUGACCAACGUAGAUGCGGACCUAAUGAACAACAGCAUGCUACCCUUGACAAAAUUGGAGAUGUUGUCGGUAGGGAUAUUGGAAGCUCUCGACGGUUCAUUCUCGCUUUAUCUGACCAACGAUAAGCUGGCGGCUCAUAAACUGGCAGCUUUUAAGGUCGCCACGCAGCUUCUGACCCUACCUACGCCACCAUCGGUGCAGACUUAUUCUAAAGCGUUGCUGUCGUCUCUGCACACAACCAAACAACAGUACCACAACUAUAAGGAUCAAGCGCUCUUACAACACGCCGUAACCAGCUUGAUAGCGAUGACGGAACACUUCGCCAACGAUCCCACGAACAUCGACGCGGAAAGUUACUACAGAUUGGUGCUUAUCGUGAAGGGAAUCGCGGUCGCUAGGCCGCAGAACCUUGUUAAAUUCGCCGAUUCUCACACUUCCAUACAGGACGUCGUGCUGGACGAUCCGUUAGAUUUGAAACUACCCCCCGUCAAAGACCCCAAGAAGCAACACUUGCUUCUACUGUUGAUGGACGUGCUGUGGACGCUCCACACCAUAAAACCCGAUAACACGAACUUGGCGCCGGUCGUUGUGCCCGGUCUGAAGCACACCGAACAGAUAAUUUACGCGAUCGUCGAGAUAGUGCACGCCUUCAACAGCUGCGAUACGUACAGUAAUAUCACUAUAGCGGUCUACCUUCAACUCCUACUAUGCAAAGACCCGAUUAUAGCGUUCAGCGCCAAACAAGCCCUGAGCAAAGUCCUAAAACCGAAACUCAAGAAGAGGAGGGUGUUCAUACCCAGCCCACCAACGUGUUUGAGCCCGUUACCGGACAAAAACGAACCUAAGACGUCCCAGAUACAGACCCAAUCGAGCCAGGAAGACCAGCCGUCUAUACAGUACGAAAUAGACGCGGUCGAAGCCAUACAGAUGCUUCAACAACCGCAAGCGGCUGGGGAGGAACACAACAUAAACCCGUUGGAAGCGUUGCUAGGUGGCGCCGCGGGCUUAUCGCCCAUAAUAAACAUACCUAGGGACGCAGACGACGAGGCCAUGGUCGAACUGGCGAUAGCGCUGAGCCUUCAAGAUCACGAGAUGGUAGGAGAGCAGGGACUGCAGGUGCUGUCGGCCGAUCAGCUGGCGCAGGCGGCGCAAAACGUGCAGAACCAGGAAGCGGGCCACUUCAGCGAUACAACUGCAUCUGCAGCCGGUUCGGACGACGAGGGAAGCACCGCGGCCACCGACGGAUCCACGCUGAGGACCUCGCCGGCCGAACAGGGAGGAAGCGCUGGCUCGGAGAGCGGAGGUAGCGGUGUGGAGAGCAUCACCGGAGAACACAACGUAUCGGGCAGAAGUUCCGCUUACGGCGACAACAUACAAGAGAUGACGAUAGUGUCUAGAUCCGACACCAGUUCCACGCCAAACGUACUGAACCUCACGAUAAUCGAACAGGAUAAUUCCCCUGUCGACAUGGAUCUGGAAAUAGAUUCGGAGAACAGCGGUAGACUACACAUCCUCCGGUUACAGCUGCUGGAGAGACUGACCGAAUAUCUGCCGAAACUGAAGAACGUCGAAGGUGUUAGGGCGAUUCCGUUCCUACAAGUAGUCCUGCAACUUACCCUCGACCUGGACGGUCAUUUGGAAAGAGACAGGGCUUGUUUGAACUCUCUACUCAGCACGAUCUUGAACGAGCUCCAAUUGAACACCCCGGACGUUUCGUGUUACAUCCAGAGAGACAAACAGAAGGAGGUGCAAUUGAUCCUGAUGAGAUUACUGAGCGUGUUGAUGUCCAGGUGUAAGUCAUCGACUUCAUCUUCCGGUACCUCGAAAUCGUCUAGUACCGAUAACACGGUGUUUAUAUCAAAAACAACGGCCACUGUCUUACACAAAGCUGAAAUCAUUGCCUUCUGCAGUAAACUACUUCAGUCUCUGUUGGAGUAUUGGAAGAACACCGAGAAAGAAGAAACCGCACCGAACGUCACGGGAAAUCUACUGAAGGAACAUAUGCCUCAUCCUCCUCCCGAUAUGACUCCGUUCUUCCUCAAGCAGUUCGUGAAAGAACACGCCUCCGACGUUUUUUCGACCUACCCCCACUUGGUGACGGAAAUGGCCUUGAGGUUACCAUAUCAGGUGCACAAACAUUCGGAAGUAGCGGAAUCUAUCGCGCAGGCGUUCGACAACAGCUGGUAUCGCCAUCUGUGCGAGUAUAUGAUGACCUUCCAAGCGCCCUUCGUCAGAAGACAGAUCAGGAAAUUGCUGUUGUUCAUUUGCGGCAGCAAGGAGAAAUACAGGCAGCUGAGGGAUCUACACGCCUUGGACACGCACAUCAAGGGCGUGAAGCAGUGCUGCGCGAAGGGCGGCUACCAGCCCGAGACGGAGGUGCAACAUUCGCUGUCGUUCCCCUACGAUUCGAUGGUGGAGCUGAUGGAACACCUGAAGGCCUGCCUGGAGAUAGCUCUCAGCAGGACCGGCAACUGGCAGAAGUUCUGUCUGCACAACGAAGACAUCCUGGCCUAUCUACUCCAGGUCAGCUUCCUCUUGGACGAGGGGGUCGCGCCCACCGUACUACAGUUAUUGCAGUGCGCCAUAGUCUUGAGCGCCGGCAACAUGAAGAAGGCGGAUCAGAGCAAAACGUCGACGCAGAGGAAGGAGAGGGAGAAGUCGGACGAUUCCGCGGCGGAGGCUCUGUUCGAGGAGUCGAAUUGCGUCGCCCUGGUAGAGCAAGUUCUCAAGCUCGUAUCCAGGGAAACCUUCGCCAGGUUCAUCAAGACUUUCAUGCUGGAGACCAACGUCACCCAGGUCAGGUGGCAGGCGCACGCCCUUGUGUUGUCGGUUUACAAGAACUCCAACAAGCAGCACCAGGAAUCUCAACUAGCCCUCCUGUGGCAACUAUGGCCCCUGCUACCCUCUUACGGCAGGAAAGCGGUUCAGUUCGUCGACCUGCUCGGAUACUUCUCCCUGAAAUUCAUCCAGACCAACCCUAACUCGAGUCAGACCGAACAGUACAUAGAGAACGUGGUGUCGGUGCUUCACGCCCAGAACAAGAUACUGGCCCAUCAUCCCAACGCCAACCUGUACGCCCACAUGAGCCAGUUCGUCGAACUGGAGGGCUAUUACCUCGAAUCGAACCCGUGUCUGGUGUGCAACAACCCGGAGGUGCCUUUUUCCGCCAUCAAACUGAGCUCCAUCAAGGUGGACUCUAAAUUCACCACCACCACGCAGAUCGUGAAGCUGCUCGGUAGCCACACGAUCAGCAAGAUCACGGUCAGGAUAGGCGAGCUUAAACGCACCAAGAUGGUGCGCACGAUAAAUAUCUACUACAACAACCGCAACGUGCACGCGGUCGUCGAGCUGAAGAACAAGCCGGCCCUGUGGCACAAGGCCAAGAAGGUCACGUUGCUGUCCGGACAGACGGAGGUCAAGAUCGAGUUUCCCCUGCCGAUAGUCGCGUGCAAUUUCAUGGUGGAGUACGCCGAUUUCUACGAGAACAUACAGGCCUCCAGCGAGACCCUGCAGUGUCCGAGGUGUAGCGCCGCGGUGGCGGCCAAUCCAGGCGUCUGCGCCACCUGUGGCGAGAAUGUGUUUCAGUGCCACAAAUGUCGAGCAAUAAAUUAUGACGAGAAGGAUCCGUUCCUAUGUCACUCUUGCGGAUUUUGUAAAUACGCCAAGUUCGACUUCACGCUACUGGCCAAGCCCUGCUGUGCCAUCGAGCCGAUAGAAAACGAUGAGGAUCGAAAGAAGACCGUCUCCAACAUCAACACCCUCUUGGAAAAGGCCGACAGAGUUUACAAGCAAUUGAUCGCCAACAAACCUACGCUGGAGAAUCUGAUCAUGAGAGUUUCGGAUCACCGAAGCGACAGAAGAACCGAAGAAGCGAGCACUGUUGCCAGCGCGCCCGCCGCUCCAGCUGCUACUGCAGCUCCUGUAGUGGUAUCUUCCCAGCUGAAGGUGAACAAGACGAUUCAAGCUCUGGCCCAGCAGUACUGCAACGAGUGUAAAACCGCAUUCGAAGAACUCAGCAAGAUAAUCCAGAAAGUUCUGGUUUCCAGAAAGGAAAUCGUGGCCUACGAUCGCAAGCACAGAGACGUCGACCUUCAGAAAUCGACGCCGCUCCUGAAAGAGUCCGAGGAGCAACAGGAGGAAUCCGAGCUGGUGCCAGACGACCCCUGCAUCCGCACCAAGUGUUACGGCUGUUGCUCGGCAACCAUCGAACACUGUCUGACGCUGCUGCGAGCCCUGGCCACGAACCCGAAGACCAGGAAGAACCUGUGCUCGAAACAGCUCAUCGAAGAGCUCGUGUGCAACAAUCUGAGGAGGGGAAGCGCUCAGAUCCAAGAGGAGGUCAGGCAGCUGCUGUGCGUGCUCACCACGGACGACGAGGAGGCCACCAAACAGCUGUGCAGCCUGAUAAUACAAAAGUUCACCCUCUUCCUCGGCAGCGACGUGAACAGUCUGGAAUUCAGCACCAGCAUCAAGCACGAGAUCGACCUGCUGGGCGCCAUGGUUCAGAGGGACGACAACAGCUGGGAGCUGAAGCUCAAGUGUAUGAUGAAGCUGUUUUUGGACGCCUGCGACAACCCUCAAGAUCCAUCCAUAAUGGAAUCCAUCAUCCUGCCUUGCCUCAAGAUUCUGCAUAAUCUGAUGAAACCCCCGGAGAUCAACUCCAAGAAAUCGAAGGAAAAAACCAACACUGCCACCACAGUUCGACAGAAGUGUCUCACCGACAUAACGGUGAUGGUGGACAAAUGGCUGAAAGACGAUCCCAAGCACAGUUUCGCGACUUGGAAGGCGAGGUUGCCCAAGGAGACCAACCAGUCGACCGGAAUUCCAGCCGACGCGUCCAAAGAGGAAGUCAGGUCGUAUUAUCUGUCCGAGAAGUAUCUGAAGAAGUGGAGGACGAACUUGAAGAUGAGGAAGCAUCCCAGGGUUAACCUGAAUCUCAACGAGAGCCGCUGGUUGGAAACUAUAAUGUUCAACCCGAUAUCCAGGUUGGCUAGACACGUGACCUGCAACAUCAUCGAGCUGAUGUGCAAUACUCACGAGAGGAGGAAAGAGAUCUUGAUCCUGUUGACCUGCUGGCUUCCCGACCUCUGCGUGGCCGGCGAGAGCGCCGCCGAGUUCCUGACGCUCUACCAGGGUCUCAUCGCCCAGCCCCCUUGGAAGCAGUACCUCACGCUGCAGAGCGUGCUCAAGAUAAUCGCGCAGCUCAUAACGCUCGAGAUCAAGAAGUUGCACAGGCUGGAGGAGACCACCUUGACUUCCGACCUGACGCAAGGCUACGCCCUCAACCAGCUGACCGAGCUGUUGGCGUCGUUCCUGGACGACCCGGCCAUCAGGAGACAGAACAAGAGGAAACUGGUCGGGGACGUCCUGGACGGAUACCUGUCGCUGAGGAGACUAGUCGUGCAGCGGACGCGACUGAUCGACGACACGCAGGAGAAGUUGCUGGAGCUCUUGGAGGAGAUGACAACAGGUACGCAGAAAGAGACGAAGGCCUUCAUGGCGGUCUGCAUAAAAACGGUCGAAAAGUGCAGUCUCCAAGACAUACUCACCCCCGUUUUCAUAUUCGAACGGCUUUGUUCCACGAUCUACCCCGAGGAGAACGACGUGAGCGAGUUCUUCCUAACGCUGGAGAAGGAUCCGCAACAGGAGGACUUCUUGCAAGGUCGCAUGCUCGGUAACCCGUACUCCAGCAUGGAGCCUGGCCUGGGUCCCCUGAUGAGAGACGUCAAAAACAAGAUCUGUCAAGAUUGCGAGCUGGUCGCCCUUCUGGAGGACGACAACGGGAUGGAGCUCUUGGUCAACAACAAGAUCAUGAGCCUGGACCUCGCCGUCAAAGACGUUUACAAAAAGAUUUGGCUGGCGGAAGGGGGAGAUCAUGACGCGAUGCGCGUCGUUUAUCGAAUGAGGGGCCUGUUGGGAGACGCGACCGAGGAGUUCAUCGAGAGUUUGGACAACAAGACUGAGAGAGCGGUGAACAAUGAAGAAGUGUACAAGAUGGCUAACGUACUCGCCAAAUGCGACGGAAUAAAGGUCAUGGUUAAGAGAUUGGGGGCCAUACAGAAGAUCUGGAGGGCGAGAACUUUGGUCCAGGUCCUCUUGAAACUGUUUAGGCUCAGCGUGAAAGUGUCGAAAUGCCAAGAGGUGUUGAUACAGCCCGAACUGGGGGCCAUGGAAGUUUUCCUGAGAACCUUGAAGCUAUGUUUAGAAUGCGAGUCGGAUCCGGCUCAGGGUCAGAUCACCGAACAACUGUUAGAGAUCAUGGAGACCAUCCUUUCGAAAGCCACCAGCGAACCGUUGGAGACUUUCGUCAAGUUCUCCCAAACGUUCGGCGGUCCGGAAUACAUAGAAUCCCUGAUAUCUUUCACCGGUCAUCCCUGCGUCAAGAGUAACCAGGCCGUUCUCGCCCAUCUCACGAGGGUGUUGGCGGCGCUGGUGUACGCGAACGACGAGAAGAUGGAGAUAUUACUCAAUCACUUCAAACCGAUACUGGACUUUAACAAAUACGAUUACGAACACACGCCCGAGGACCAGCAGAAAUUGGAGAUGUUCUGCACGCUCACCAACAGCAUAGAGCGAAACCCGACCGGCAACACACUGAAGGAUUACAUCGUCAAGUUGGGCGUGGUCAAGGACGCCCUCGAAUACAUAAACAUGCACGCCCCCUGCGUGAAACCCACCCUGUUACGUACGGACAGCGACGAGCUGAAGGAAUUCAUAUCGAAGGCCGCGUUGAAGUAUAUCCUACGUUUCUUGACGGGCAUCGCGCACAGUCACGAGAAUUCCCAACUAGCCAUCGCCUCAGCCGACACCAUACCCAUCAUCCACCGUCUGGAGCAGGUGUCGUCCGACGAACACGUCGGCUCGCUGGCGGAGAACCUCCUGGAGGCGCUCUGCACCAACGCGACGGUCGCGAAGAGGAUCGAGGAGGUGAGGGAGUUCACGAGGUCGGAGAAGAAGAGACUGGCGAUGGCGAUGCGGGAGAAACAGCUCGGCCAGUUGGGCAUGAAGACCAACGACAAGGGACAGGUGACGGCGAGGAGCGCCAUCUUGCAGCAGAUCGAGAUGGAGCUGGGCGAGGAGUCUGGAUUGGUGUGCUGCAUCUGCCGCGAGGGUUACAAGUACCAGCCGAGCAAGGUGCUCGGCAUCUACACGUUCACGAAACGUUGCAACGUCGACGAGUUCGAGGCGAAACAGCGAAAGACGAUGGGCUACUCGACCGUCACCCAUUUCAACAUCGUCCACAUCGACUGUCACAUGAACGCCGUCAGACUGGCAAGGGCCAGGGACGAGUGGGAAUCGGCGGCUUUGCAGAACGCCAACACCAAGUGUAACGGGCUGCUGCCGCUCUGGGGGCCUCAUGUGGCGGAAUCCGCCUUCGCCAGCUGUUUGGCACGGCACAAUAACUACCUGCAAGAAAGUACUAGUCAUAGGGACAUAGGACAUGUUUCAACUAUACACGACCUCAAGCUUCUGUUAUUGAGAUUUGCACAAGAAAAAUCUUUUCACGAAGACACUGGCGGCGGUGGACCUCAGAGUAACAUGUACAUGAUUCCGUACCUCAUCCACGUCGCUUUAUAUGUCAUAAAUACAACAAGGGUUGCACGAAGGGAAGAAGGUUCUUUGAUGGCUUAUCUGGAGUCUGCGAGCCCCGAACGGUGGGUUGAAUCCGCAUUCGAGACUGAAGGUCCUCUUUAUUGGGCCACAAUGUCGAUUCUGUUGCAUUCACAUCAACAGUGGAAAAACAACAAGAUGGCUCAUCUGAGGAGGUUGCUCGUUCUGGCUCAGGCACGAGGUACCGGAGCAUCAAAGACGUUAUCUGAUAAGAAAGAAAAGGAAUAUACUGUCUAUAAGCCUUACUUGGUGUUCUAUGGGCUAAUCGAUGGAAUUUAUAAGUAUUUCUUUAAGAAUGUAUCCGCCUCUGAUGAUAAUUGGCCAAACGUACUGGCAGAUUUUAUACGCCACAAUGAUGAGUUUUUGAUAAAAGAAUCGGAGAAAUUGUUGGCCUUGUAUACCGAAGAAUUACUUCCUUGUACUUCUUUUGCUGAAUUCUGUGAUGUAACAGGUUUGUUGGAUGUCAUUACUACUCCUGAAACCUACAUAAGUGAUCUUCUGAAUGGAAUGUCGUAAUUAUUAAUAAAGAGUUUUAAUCCAAAAAGGCUGUAUUUAUUAUGAUUUAUUGCUUGCAAGUUAGAGUACCAGUUUAUUUAUCUGUAUGUAAUAUUUGCUUGUUUGUUAUUUAAAUACUUUUAGAGUACUAAAUUAUUGUACUUGAAAUAUAUUGAUUGAAAUGGG